GUACCACGUCCACCAUCACAGUUGACUGGUUGAGUUGACUCACCAGUAGGGCGGCGACUAUUUGUUUUUGUUACUCUAUUAUUUCCUCCAAUUCCAUCUUGACUUCGUAGAUCAUCCGCUGCUUGUGGCAAUGGCGGAGAAGCAGCAACUAGAGCCAUGGGCUGACCUCAGUGGCAAGGUGGUGAUGGUGACGGGGGCAUCUUCCGGCUUAGGCCGUGAUAUCUGUCUUGACUUGGCUAAAGCCGGCUGCCGAAUCGUGGCUUCCGCCCGCCGCGUUGAUCGCCUCAAGUCCCUCUGCGACGAUAUCAAUCUUCUUAUAUUUCCUUCUUCCAAGCCCCAGUCUAGUGGUCCUCUUGCUGUAGCCGUCGAGCUGGACGUCUCUGCUGACGGAGCCACCAUUCAUAGCUCCGUCAAAACGGCCUGGGAUGCUUUUGGGAGGAUCGAUACUUUGAUCAACAACGCAGGCGUUAGAGGUAAGGUGAAGGAUCCAUUGGUUUUGUCUGAGGAGGAAUGGAAUCAAAGUUUCAAAACAAAUUUAACGGGGUCUUGGCUGGUGUCAAAAUAUGUUUGCAUGCACAUGCGUAAUGCAAAUCAAGGAGGAUCCAUAAUCAAUAUAUCUUCCAUUGCUGGUCUUAACCGUGGGCAACUACCUGGAGGUGUGGCUUAUGCUUCUUCAAAAGCAGGCCUAAACACCAUGACAAAGACCAUGGCUAUUGAAUUGGGGAUGCAUAAAAUCCGAGUGAACUCGAUAUCACCUGGGCUUUUCAAAUCUGAGAUCACACAGGAUCUUAUGAAGAAAGACUGGCUAACAAAUGUGGCCGCGAGAACUGUCCCGUUAAGAACAUUCGGUACAUCAGAUCCUGCAUUAACCUCACUUGUUCGAUACUUAAUCCAUGAUUCUUCUGAAUAUGUUUCAGGUAACGUGUUCAUAGUUGAUGCUGGGGCUACCUUGCCCGGUGUUCCAAUUUUCUCUUCCCUUUGAACCGCUAUUCUAAUACUAAUAUAUGUAUUCCUUGAUAAACAAAUGUUCAUGAUUUAAGUUCUUGUAUGAACUUUUAUUUUUAUAUAUUUUCUUUCAUGUAA